UUUACCUACAGCGUACUGCUCUCAGUCAACAUGACUUCUGUCAGUGGUCUGCAAAACCUUCUGCCAGCUGUGCUGAUAUGGGUAAUGAAUUUUGAGUCUUCCUUGUCUCAGCAUGAAGAGAAUGUCACCACCAUGAACUACUCGGAAUAUAACUACUCCGAUUUCAAUUAUGAUGACUUCCCUUCGCUGUGUGUGAAAGAAUCCAACCGCCAUUUUCGCCUCUGGUUUAUGUCCACCUUCUUCACCAUCAUCUGCUUCCUGGGGCUGACAGGAAACCUACUGGUCAUCCUCACCUCCUGCUACUUUAAGCGUCUCAAGACCAUGACGGAUGUGUACCUGUUCAACCUGGCAUUUGCAGACCUGCUCUUCGCUCUGUCGCUCCCCUUUUGGGCAGCCAACUCCAUGGCAGAAUGGGUGCUGGGUGUGCUGGUGUGCAAGGCCAUGCACACUAUUUACAAGGUCAGCUUCUACAGCAGCAUGUUCCUUCUUUGUUUCAUCAGCGUGGACCGCUACUUCGCCAUCUCCAAAGCAGUCUCCGCUCACCGCCACCGCUCCCAGGCAGUGUUUCUCAGCAAAGUGUCAUCAGCUAUCAUUUGGGUUAUGGCACUGAUCUUCUCCAUACCAGAAAUGACGUACACCACAAUCAAUAACAACACCUGCACCCCUUACACAAGCAAUAAUGAUCAGCUCCGCGUCAGCCUCCAGGCAAGCCAGAUAGUUUUGGCUUUUGCCCUUCCACUCCUGAUCAUGAGCUUCUGUUACAGCAGCAUUGUCAAGACCCUUUGCCAGGCUCGUAACUUUGAACGGAAUAAGGCCAUAAAGGUGAUUCUCGCUGUGGUAGCCGUCUUCCUGGUAUGCCAGGUCCCAUAUAACCUGGUCCUAUUUUGGUCCACAGUUGUCACAGCAGAAGGGGGAACCGAGGAUUGCAACUACGAGAACAUUCUCCUCUAUGCCGCCGACGUCACCCAGUGUGUGGCCUUCCUCAGGUGCUGCCUAAACCCUUUUGUCUAUGCCUUUAUUGGUGUGAAGUUUCGUUAUGACCUCCUGAAGCUACUGAAGGACUUGGGAUGCAUGAGCCGGGAAAGGUUCUUCAAGUAUACCUGCGGCAGGAGGAGGAGCUCAGCGGCCAAUGACACUGAGACAACCACCACAUUCUCUCCUUAAAGCUGUUUCAGUAUGGAUGAUAGCCUGUUGGCACCUGCAGACCACACAGUGGGCUGCUGAACAUUAGGACUAAAGUCUCAAGUCAACAAUAUAUUUUACAUGUACAUAGCAAAAGUUAUAUAAAAGCCAAGUAUGUUGGUCUUUGCUGGGUUUUUUUUUUUGGUUGUCUCUUUGUGUUUAUUUUUUUGUAUUGGCUACAGUGUACAGUAUUUCAACACUGUUAAUGGAAAAAAUAUAUAGUGCUUUUACUCCACCAAAUCAUGUACAUUAAACUUAAUAAAAACAUCAGAGCUGGUUUGUUGAUUAUCAUAAAGUUAUAUUGAAAUAUAUAUUUUCUAUAUAAUAAAAUUUUUCCUGUAUUGUAAGCUAUUUGCAAUA